CAUAGUACUUAGGAUAGGGAUGACAUCCGUCGCGAAAUCUGGGAUAAGCUGUGCCGUCGUGGGAGAGGUUCAGGUUGUUAAAUUGCGCAACGACCUUCAAGGCCGUUCUUGUGUAACUUUCUACCAUCACUCUGCUGGUCAGAGACGGUUAAUACAUACCCUUCUCCCCCCCUUGCCAAUUCAGUUCUUUUUGGAAAGCCCUCCUCUUCACCUGAGUCUCCUUCCUCAUUUUCAUUUAACCCAAUGCUGCUUCCGAUCCGGCUCAUUGUCAUCGUCGGCGUCGGCGUCUCAUUGUUCGUCGGUAGUGCCACCGCCGUAGGCCCGUCACGACAGGACAGACACUAUCGAAAUCUCCAGCAACCUUGGAUCGGAGAACGACUCGAGUGCUCUGGUCAAACCAACGAGAAGAAAGACCUCACGAAAGAAUUGCAGAACAUCCAACUCCUCACUGACAAAGGGGAAAACAGCAGAGGCGUCUUCGCCUUCCCACCUGGCGCCUCGUAUCGACUUCCAUCUGGUGAAAAAGUUCCUGGAGAUUCUCUAAUCGUGAAACUCCUGGAUAUGAACGAAGACAGCGACGUGUGCGAAGUCAAUAUCCUCCGUCGUAUAGGCCUUUUACGCGAUUGGGGAAUCAUGGAAUAUCAAACUAGUUAUGAUGAAGAAGAAACCCUGGAAUAUGGUGUUCUUGUCAUGGACAAAGUCCCCGGGAAAUCUUUGCAUAAUUAUGACUGGUGGGCACGUCUUGAGAAGGAUAAGCAGAGAGAGAUUUUGGAGAAGGCUCUCAAUGAUCUUGAGAAGAAAGUUUAUGGGUAUGUUGCACACUCGGGGUUUCUUUAUGCUGACUUGACUAUGGACAAUAUGCUCGUCGAGAUCGACACCGAUGCGAAGACAAAUACCCAUUCAUUCAAAGAGGCGCAUCUUGUGGAUUUCGGCCAUGAGGGUAUUUACACUCUCCGACCCGGAAUACCAUCAAAGGAAGUAUUCGAUUCAUGGUUUUAUGAACGAAUCAAUAUCCAAUGGGCCGAAUUUCUCGAAAAAGAAAAGUGGGCGGAGUUUCGUAGUCCUGGGACUUUUGCUGCUGCUUCCGGGGUAGCAGGAUCAAGUGGUGCAGGGCGGAAGAGGCCAGCGGAUGGUGCAGACGAUACAGAUAGAAUGAAGGGGUCGAAAUUGAAGAAAAGUCAUACGCGCAGGUACUCGAAGCUCAGGUUGACGUAGAAUCUCGUAGUGAAAUUGGGCAGGCGUAAGCUAGGGGAAAAAACAAUCGGCGGAUAGUUAGGCAAUAGUUCACGAGUGUCAUUCCACAGUAAUUGUAUCCUGAAUGAAUUCCUCCCAUGCAUUGAUGAGUGAUAGAUAGUAA